UAAUGCCGACAUAUAAAGGAGGUUGUUAUUGUGGACAGAUCAGGUAUGAGUUCUCGCUGAACUCACUGGACGAGGCACGCACGAGCAUUUGUCAUUGCAAGAAUUGCAGAAAGUUUACGGGAGGAGAAUCAGGAAUUACGACUAAGAUCCCCAAAGAGGCGUUCACGCUUACUAAAGGAACACCAACACCGCAUAUCAUGGACAAUGGGAGUGGAACGAAUAUUCACCGGGAAUUCUGCGGCACUUGCGGAGGACCCAUUCUUGAGUAUGGGGAGCCAGUAGCCGAAAAGCACCGCUACGUUUUCUGGGGUACUCUUGACGAGCCAGAAGCGCUGUCGCCAAAGGGCGAGUUCUUCUGUAAGAACCGAGCAGGCUGGAUGCCCGAGGUUCCGAACGUGUUUCAUAUGCGGGAGAUCAAAGAGUGACACCAGGAACACAGAGUCCGAUCAUCAUCACAAUAACGUGAUCGUCAUCUUUCUCACUAUAAGUAGCAUAUCCAAAGUCAAGGAUGGGCGCGAAACCUCCUCGAGCAGCUCCGGCAGACGUAUGCAAUGAUCAUCGGCGGUUCCAGCACAAUGCACCCAGAGCUGGUGCACGUAGCCAGUAGAACGGUUAUGUCGCGAAUCCUCGUAAGCAAA